AUGACGCAGAUAUACGACAACUGGGAAAGGCUCGUUGCCGCCACUCUCAAGCGAGAUCAGAUAUGGCAGCUCUGCCACGCUCACUCCAGGGAACCCAGCGUCGCCUCUUCCUACUCUUCCGAAUUCAGCAGUCUCCCUUCUCCACUUGUCACUUUCCCCCACGGCGCGUUUCAUGAGGAGAUCUUCGUGAACGGCGAGCGUCUUUCACCGGCGGAGCUGCUGAUUUUGAGGAGCUGCCGGCGCCCGCCUAAGAAGCUGAAAUCGGGACAUUAUUGGUACGACAAACACUCGGGUUUUUGGGGGAAGCAAGGGAAGAUGCCUUCACAAAUUAUCAGCCCGCAUUUGAUUGUCGGGGGUGCCCUCAGCGAGCGUGCUAGUGAAGGCAAUACGGACGUUUACGUAAAUGGCCGAGAGAUCACCAAAAUGGAGAGGAGACUGUGGGAGGUGGCAGGUGGCCAAUGUAGUCGAGACACACAUAUUUGGUUGUAUGAAGAUGGACUGUACCAAUAUGAGGCACAUACUAAGUGCAAGUCUUUUUGGGACACGGCUCACUUUGCUUUUCAGACUGGAAUGAAGCUGCUUUGUUACUUAAUCUCUUACCCAUUCCCUCAUAAACCUCAUUAUGUGUCCGGAGAGCAAUCUAUGCCUGAUCGCAUGGAGCAAAAUGAGCACCGGCAUCUUCUUUUGAUUGGAGUUAAUGGGUCUGGGACAAAUACCAUCUUUAACCAGGCCAAAGUUCUCUACAAAGAUGAACUAGUCCUGGAGGAUGAGCUUGAACACACCAAAUUAUUGAUACAAAGAAAUACAUGUCACUAUAUUUACCUACUUCUUGUUGCACGCGAAAAAUUUUUAGAAGAAGAUUUGAAUGAACUAAGGAAACAUCAAUCUUCCAAUGAAUCCCUUUUUACAGGUUUGCUUGCUUCUGAAAAUGCUUCCGCGGUUCCACCCAUCUAUAAAAACUCUCUACAGCAGUGUGCUUAUUAUAUACUUAAGCCAAAUUAUAAACCUUCAGACACUGAUAUUCUUUAUGCCGAAGCACCUUCAUUUGUUACUUCCCUGAACUUCUCGUUCCCACUUCCACUAGUUUUGCCCAGGUAUGAACUGACUAGAUUAUCUAUUCAUGAAUACGGAGAUGACUGCAAGUGGAUUGAGAGAUUUGCAGGCAUGGAACUCGCAAUUUUCUGCAUCUCCUUGAAUGAUUAUGACCAGUUUGUCGGGGGUGACAGUGGGGCCCCAGUCAACAAGAUGAUAGCCAUCCAAAAGGCCUUUGAGAGCUUUGUUACAAGGUUUUAUCAGACAAAAGUCCUACUACUUCUAACUAAACAUGAUCUUUUCGAGCAGAAGAUAGAACGGGUUCCUCUGCAUCUAUGCGAGUGGUUUAGUGAUUUUCACCCAAUAAAAGAUGAUGGCAGCCAACACUUGGGGCAGAUGGCCGUUCACUAUAUCUCGCACAAGUUCAAGAGGUUAUAUGCAGCCCUUACUGGCCGAAAAUUGUAUGUUGUGCCUGUAAACUGUCUGGUGAAGGAUAGUAUAGAUGGAGCACUCAGGUACGCAGGGGAGAUCCUCGACUGGGAUAAAUGGAGUCGAAGUUACGUCACUGAUGAAAGUACGUCCAGUGAUGACGAGCCAACUAGCGGCUUGUGUAAUUUAACCGAAUUCAAGAAGCUCGAUGUGGCCCUGGCUGAUUGGAAGCCAUAU